AUGCCUGAGCCUAUUAUUCCUUGGGAGCCCAGAAUCAAGAAAUUUUUCACAAGUUUCAUAUUGGCUCCAAAUCAACAAAUCCACUCAUUCAAUAGCCGACCAUAUUUGAUGGGUAUAAUUAGUAUACUUCGGGUAAAUUUUCGAAAUUUUUUUUUUUAAUAAAAAAGUUCACAGAUCAUCUUCCUGAUAGUUUCAACCAUCAAAUUGUGCUUGAAAAAUGAAGUAAAAGGUUGGCCUUCGAGUUACAUAGAGUUUGCGUUAAUCGUUACAUCCAUGAAUAUUUCAACUGUUCUCUCUCACAUCUUUAUCGCAAUUCCUCUUGAAAUUGCUCACGGCACUUUAUGCACUUUUCUUUGCUAUCUAGCUUUUCAUAUUUACCCAUUCAUUGUUGGAGAAGUUAUGUUAGACACUUUCAAUUUCAAGUUCACCAAUCCAGUAGUUCUCGCAUUACUCGGAAUCUAUCUUUCAAAUUUGAUUCAGAACGGCAAUGAUUUUUCUCAUAGAAAACUUCGAAUCAUCAUCCCAUCUAUUAUUUUAACAAUUCCCGAAUUUCACUACCUCAUUCACGUAUUGAAUCAGGAUUAUUGGAGAGUUUUGAUCGUUUUUCAAACUACAGGAUUGGCUGGAGGAUUGAUUGGAUUCCUUUUGGGAUACUAUUGGGUAUAUCAAAAAGAGGUUCGGAGAUCAUGAGAUCAUACUGAAAUGUAUGUACCUAAAAUGGAUAUUCCAGGGCCAAAACAUCCAAAUCAUGAGAUGGAAAUGCUAUGCAAUAAUUCUAACAUGGCUCGUCGUGUUUUUAAUGAUUGCUGAACUAUCAGGAGUUCAUUUGACAGCCAAUGAGUAUAUGAAAGCGAAUUCACAAUGA